UAAUCGGAUCCUAAGUAAGAAACGGCACGACGUCGUUUCGGUUCCCGCUUGAACCGCUUCGUUCUCCUGGGCACAUUUUAAAGCGUUUCUCAUUCACAGGUGGAGGGGAAACACUUCGAUAUCCAAAAUCUGCAACAAUAGUUAACAAGUCGGCUGGUUCUUCAUCGAUUUCCAGAAAGGAUUUGAGCAAUGGGGAAGAGGAAGUCAUCGGCAAAGCCGCCUCCUAAGAAGCGGAUGGACAAGCUUGACACCGUCUUCAGCUGUCCCUUCUGCAGCCAUGGCACCAGUGUUGAAUGCCGCAUUGACAUGAAGAACUUGAUUGGGGAAGCUUCUUGCAGAAUAUGCCAAGAGAGCUUCAGCACUACUAUCACAGCUUUAUCUGAACCAAUAGACGUCUACAGUGAAUGGAUCGAUGAAUGUGAGAGAGUUAACAACCUCGAAGAUGAUGGUGAAGGUGCUUAGGAGAAAGCCAGGUUGAUGGGAGCUUAACUAUAUCGGGCGAAAUCAGUUUGUAUUGAAUAAUUUGCUAAUCCAUCUUGAAACCAUGCCUGUCAUGCUCUUUAAAUCUUUAGAGAUUCCAAUCCCUAUGUAAUGCAAAAUAUCACUAUGUAACUUCUAUGUGAUGGUGAUGCAAUGCAAUAUAUAUGAUGUAUGAUAGCUUCUC